AAGAAAUUGAUUUCAAAGAAACAUAAGAGCUCGCGCAAAGUACAUAGUUUAAUAAUUACAAAAAAGUAAAGGAACGAAGCGUAGACAGCUAUAAAGGGUGUCGGAGAAGCUUCAUAAAGUUUGAUUCGAGCCAAUCGUUUUGCGAAACAAUAGCUGGCAGGAAAGAACAUCGAAUGGUUUUGUAGUUUGGUUGGUUCGCGUUAGUUCGGCGGUGCGGCGGUCUGGCGUCUAGUGAGCCGGCUGGUCGAGGGGUGGCGGUGCGGUAGUGUCGCGCCGAAACAACCCUCAGUCUAAAAGCUACCGCGGUCGGGUGCGUGUCUUUACUGACGUAUUUCUGCGCGAUUAUCUGCCGCAUACGUCCAUUUACGUUUCUCUUAAUUGUGUAUUGUUCUGGACCUGACCUCGGAUGCCCUACUCGAGUAUUAUAGUGCGGUUCUUUGUCGAUCCAACAGAUUGAAGGUCAAGUUAACUUCCGGAGCGAGUUGACGAAUCAGCGGAGGAGUAUCUAAACGGACGCGUUACCAGAGAUCAUCGUUUCGAAUCGCUUCCCUGUCGACUAUACGAUACCGUGAUCAGUGGGACCCGCUGGACUUCGGAUUGAAAAUCUGAACGCAAGCGUUGCGAACGCGAACGCCGAAGGAAUCGGAUCCAAAGGAAGACGACAGAAGGAACGGACCGUUCGUAUUGUUCGUCGAGUGUGAAAGAAGAGAAAGAGAACCGGAUCUAGAGAGCGGCUCGGGAUAAUCGUUGAGAAUCGUUGGCUACCGUCGCUAUCAGAACGCAAUUGAUCAGAAAAUAAUCGAGGCAAGCCAGUUGGUGGAAGAACAGCGCGCGGAACUUAAUAGAGAUGACAGUUGCCAGCGGUGGACGUUAAAGUGAUACACGAGCCACCGAAAGGAUCCUUUGCUCGAGAAAGCGAACGAGAAGUGGUAAGCAGGAAGAUGAGAGUCCGUGAGAGUUGAAGUAAAAACCUGCACAACGAAUAGCAACAGCCUGCCUCGUCCAUUGCGACCAGCCACAUAUCUCACGUUAAGAUGACAUAGAAUGGGUUGGGUGGCGCUAGGGCGGUGUGCGGGUGGUGGCGGCCGCCUCUCGUCCGUCCUCUCGCUGUCUCUCACCUCCCUCGCAAGCUCCCUCAUCUUCACCAUCCUCUGUAUCCUCACACUUGCCCUCACUCUUGUCACUCUCGUGCGUGCCGAAGACAUCCAUAACGAAUUCACUCGAAAGAGAACGACGCGCGUUUCGUACAGAUCGCGUGCGACAAGCGCAUUCUCAGGAAAACCGAUCUUCUUGGACACCUCGAAGGUCAAGGUCGAGGCUCGCGACAAAGCGAACUGCGGGUUAAUCUGCGGAUCGACCUUCGGGGUGGCUAGAGAGAGAGAACACUCGAUGAUCGGGGGUGAAAACCGAGGAAAGGAAUGGAAAGGAAAGGAAAGAGGAAAGGAAAGGAGAAAGGAGAAAGGAAAGGAAAGAGAAAGAAAAGGAAAGGAAAAAUUCCGUCGUGGAUCCGGUGGUUUCGGGGCUAGCUACAAUACGUUGUGUUGCAGUUUCGAGGAGGGCAAGUCGGACAAGGAGAUACUGGACAACCUGCUGCUGUCGACCCGUUACGACAAGCGGCUUCUGCCCCCGGUCCAAGGUACACUGAGGCCCCCGCCCCACACCCGUCAAGACGACUACACCCCUGACUACCUCGUACCCAAUGACCCUGAUCAUCCAGAGCACCUCGAACACCACCGGCACCGCUACCACCAUACAGCACUACACAACCACAGCUCACUGCUCACCCCUCGUCGAAAGGAUGCGGAUUUCUGCUGCGGAAUGCGAUGGCCUGGUGACGCCACCGGCCUGUCGAACCGGUCGUCGACCUCCUCUAACGACCCCAAGAACCAGUACAAGAACCAGAACAAUAACCACUACACGUCGCACCAACACCUUCGCACCCACCUUCGCGGAACCUUGACCGUAAACGUGAGCGUGCUCUUGUUAAGUUUGGCUUCUCCCGACGAGUCCAGUUUGAAAUACGAGGUGGAAUUCCUGCUGCAACAACAGUGGUACGACCCGCGAUUACGAUACAGCAAUCGGUCGCAGUACGAGUACUUGAAUGCGAUUCAUCAUUACGAUGAUAUCUGGUUGCCGGACACGUACUUCAUAAUGCACGGAGACUUCAAGGACCCGCUCAUACCAGUUCAUUUUGCCCUUCGGAUAUAUCGCAACGGCACGGUCAACUACCUUAUGCGGCGUCAUCUCAUCCUAUCCUGCCAGGGUAGACUCAAUAUCUUCCCUUUCGAUGACCCACUGUGUUCAUUCGCGAUCGAGAGCAUAUCGUACGAGCAAUCGGCGAUCACGUACGUGUGGAAAAAUGACGAGGGUACGUUGCGGAAGAGUCCUAGUCUAACGUCGCUGAACGCAUACCUCAUUAAGAACCAGACAAUCACGUGUCCGAUCAAAGUAAGCUGGAGAGCUGAGGGACAGAUCGUGGUCGACUACGAGGACGAGUUCGAUGAAUUUGGGGACGCAAAGUGUUCGCUGUGCCAGCGCAGAUUUGAGGAGCAAGGUAACUACAGCUGCCUGAAGGUGGAUCUGAUUUUUACGCGAGAUCGUGCCUUCUACUUCACAACAGUCUUCAUCCCGGGUAUCAUUUUGGUGACCAGCUCCUUCAUAACCUUCUGGCUUGAAUGGAAUGCGGUGCCAGCGCGAGUAAUGAUCGGUGUGACGACGAUGCUCAACUUCUUCACGACGUCGAACGGUUUCCGCUCGACGCUGCCCGUCGUGUCGAACUUAACUGCCAUGAACGUGUGGGAUGGCGUUUGUAUGUGCUUCAUCUACGCCAGCUUGCUCGAGUUCGUCUGCGUGAAUUACGUCGGCCGUAAACGGCCGAUGCACAAUGUCGUCUAUCGUCCUGGAGAGAAUCCCGUCACCCAGCGGCUCCCAGCGGUGCUCAGCAGGAUAGGGAUAAUAUUGGCCAGCCCCUUGGGUAAAAAGAAGCGAGAGGGCGGUCCACCGACCGGAGCUACGACAGGACCGAACGAGAUCGUAACCUGCACCAAUUGUGGACCCAACCCUUGCACGCACACGACCACCAAUGGAUGCACAGCCGAGUUGAGAAAAAAGGAACCACCGCAUCCGAUAAGAGUGGCAAAGACGAUCGACGUGAUAGCAAGAAUCACUUUUCCGGUCGCCUAUUUCAUGUUCCUCACCUUUUUCUUCAUCCACUACAAAGGCACCUCGUAGACCAACACCAGAGGCAACAGUCCAGAAGAAUUCCACCGUUGAUCAUCGAAGGCCACGUCACUCGGCGUGGCUCUAUCUCGAGUCGAAUUUCAAUCGUCGAGGAGAAGCGUCGAAGCUAGAGAAGCAAAGGGAGCAGACACGUGACGCGUAGGUCAUCUGGAAAGUGUGUAUCGAAAUCGGAAGGGACGAACUCGUCGGAUAAACUCGACGGUCGAAGAAAGUGUUCGGCGAUCUCUCCACCGCUCGAAGAAGCGAAUCGUCGUCGGAAAAAGGAUCGCGGGAAAGUGUGUUUCGAUGUCGAUGCAUGAAACCAGAAAUGAUCACGUCUAUACGUAGGUGGUAUUCCGUGGAAGAAAAAAAAAAAGAAUGUACUUACUAACGAUAUAACGUACGAAACGGUAUCGAUCGGCGCGUGAUCGAACGAAGAUCGUGCCGAAGUCUUAGGCUGUCUUUUCUUUGGCUUCGAAGGGGGAAGAAACGGGGAGAGCAAGAGAAAUCGGUGGAUUCGCCUCUUCCUCAUCUUUUCUCACAUGUGAUAAUUCUUUAAAAGCACUCUUUAUCGAAAAAGCGAAAAGCAAGCUUGGGUCCGGUGAAUAAUCGACGAAGGGCAUACAUACGAAGAAAAAUAGGGUACGAGAGCGAGAAAAAAAGCGAAUGAAAGGGAGGGAGAGAAAGAGAGAGAGAGAGAGAGCGCGAGAGCGAGAGGUAGAACGAAAACGCGGACACACUCUUUAAAAAUCUUUCUUCUACUAUCGGAUAUAGUGACGUCGCUAAUUCGAGAAUGCUUCUGAAAACUAGCUAAAAAGGAAAAAAAAGAAAUCAAAUUUACUUAAUUAAGGAAUGUUAUUACUUGUAAUCUCACUACAAAUAGGUAAGGUCGAUGUAAGUGUCGUCCAUGAAAUCGCUAACUCGUGAUUCGCCUUUUACUUAAAUAUCGACCUUUUUUCUGUACUUUAUCGUGAUUACGAUACCGUGGCAAAAAUCAACGUGAUCGCAAGUUAGCUCUAUAUUCGUAGACCUUUAAAAAAAAGACGUUCGCUUUCAAUCGAGGGAGCAGGGCUGCGAAGCAUACAAUUCCGUUGUACAAAAAGAAAAAAUAUAUAUAUACAUAUAUGAUAUAUAUACAUACACACAUACAAACAUGCGCGUGCACACAUACACACACUCUCACACAUAUACACGAACACACUAUACACACUACACACACUACACACAUAAAUAUAGUUAAUCAAUCGUCGUUUCAUCGAAGCUUUUCACUGUACGUACAUACGUAUACUUAUAAUACGAUAUGUAUCCUUUUCUCAAUCAUUCAGGGUAGCAUUCGCAUAAAUAGCUUUUACGAUUUAUAUUCUAUCUGUACGAUCAGUGCAGUUCAAGGAAAGCGAAACGAAUUGAUGAGGUCGUAACAAAAACGAGUCCUGUAGAAUUUUUCUGAAACUUUCAAGUAAUAACGAGCUAUCCUGACCACAGAUUAAGUAGAAUCAGUAUUGUAAAAUUAACUAUAUAUGUAUUGCUUUAUCGUCGAAUCGGUUCUUUAAAAAUUGUUAUUACGAGGUCAAGAACUUCAUGAUUUAAUUUAGUAUAAUUCCUCUGUGAUAUGAUCGAAGAGAUUAUGUAACGCGAUGAAUAUUUUGUUUAAUUAAAUUGGGAUAUAUCGAAGAGAAAUUAACAUUACAAUAGGACUACCAAACCAGUCACGACGACUGGUAUCAGAUUCGUUGGUUUUGUAAAAUUUGCUAAAGGUGCUUUUGGUAACAUUGAUGUUUACUUAUCUAUUUUUGUCACACUGUUUUCAUUCUAAUGGAACAUGUAUAACACAUUUAGCUUACGCAUUGAAGAGUACUCUUUUGCUUUCUUGGAAAAAGACAAACACGAAUAGGGGUAGCUUUUGUUACGAGACCUUCGACUCGUUUGACAUAGAAAAGAACAGAUUCAAAUUGACCGAUUGAAUUCCAUGAAGGAAUUAAUCUUCCGAAUUUCUUUUUAAUUUCUCUUCGUUCUAAACGAAAUUCGAACGUACGAACAAAACUUCAUCGAUGAUGAUAGAUGAUGAUCGUAUUAACGACAAACCGAUAACACACACAGGGAGGAAUUAACUUAAUACGGGUAAAGCUUGCGAUUAGCUUAGAUUUAACGAAGUGCCGAUAUUCGAUGCUCGAGCGACGCUGAUGCUUUGCCCGCGAAAGAUACAAUUUAGGUAGAAAGAGCAACAAAAAUCAAGUACGCCGCUCGAUACUUUUUGAAACGAUGAACUUCAGUGGAAGAAACAGCGAAGCGGCUGAAAGAAAUUUUUAGAAUAUAAUUCCAGAGUUAACAUUCGAUGUUUCUUCGAGUAAUCUGCGCAUCUUUAGAUAUACAAUUACUAUUAUUACUGUUA